CACGAAGCUAGCCAUCACCCAACUCUCCCUCUUCAACCAGUUUCCACCAGCAAAGGCGGUCUCACAUCCACUGUUUCCCUUAAUACUACACGAAGUACUUCAGUCAAGCCACCGAAGUACUCCAUCAAAUCCAUCAAGUACACUUCGUGUCAUCAACUUUAGUAAACGACAAGAAACACCAUGUCCGUCGACGCUGCCACUAGCCAAAUGGCCAACACUACUCUCAACGGGCCUACCGGCACUGCCGAAGGCGCGAGCGUCGGUGCUGGCGGUGACAAACCGAUCAACGCCUCUCAGAACGAGGCUGUCAUCGCCAGCGCUGCCGAGGGUAGGAGACUGUAUAUUGGAAACCUCGCCUAUGCGACCACUGAGGGAGAGUUGAAGGAAUUCUUCAAGGACUACCUUGUCGAAACGACAUCCAUCCCAACCAACCCACGCACCACCCGUCCUGUCGGCUACGCCUUCGUUGAUGUCUCCACGCCUUCUGAGGCCGAGCGUGCCAUCAACGAGCUGAACGGCAAGACCAUCCUCGACCGCAAGGUGUCCGUGCAACUUGCCCGCAAGCCGGAACCGGCUGGUACCACUGAGGGAGCUGAUGGCGGCGAAGGCGAGCAGCGUCGUCGCCCAUCAACUCGUGGCCGUGGAGGACCACGCGCCCGCGGACGUGGCGGUCGUGCUGGGCGUGGCGGACGUGGCGGGCGUAGGGAGGGUGAGGCUCUUCUCAACGGCGAGGGUGAAGAGGAAGCCACCACCAACGGCGUGCCCACCAACGUGCCGGGCCAAGCUGCUCCGCUCACCUCCACCACCAACGAGGCUCUCACCGCCGAGCAAGGAACUCCUGGUACCCUCGAUAUCGACGCCACGAAGACCGGUCGUUCUAGCGCACCCCGCCCGCGCAAGCAGCGUGGCCCGCCAGAAGAUGGUGUUGCCAGCAAGACCAAGGUCAUGGUGGCCAACCUUCCUUACGACCUUCGCGAGGAGAAGCUUCUCGAGCUUUUCGCCCACUACAACCCGACCUCAGCCAAGAUCGCACUCCGUCCCAUCCCCAAGUACAUGAUCCGCAAGCUGCAGGCCCGCAACGAGCCACGCAAGGGCCGUGGGUUCGGAUUCGUUACGCUCUCUAGUGAAGAGUUGCAGCAGAAGGCCUGCUCGGAGAUGAACGGCAAGCAGAUUGAGGGAAGAGAGAUUGCCGUUAAGGUCGCGAUCGACAGCCCCGGCAAGGAGGACGAAGACCCCAACGGACUCUUAGAAGGGGAGACCGACGUUGACGCUCAGCCGAGCACAGCGGAAGGCUCUGCGAACGUCAACACUGCUACGGCUGCUUAGGCUUGCUGGGCCUCGGUCGGCAACUCAGUUGUACUGUCCUUUUGCGAAGCCUCGAGGCAGCUUACCCAAUAUGAGCAGGCAAGCAGGUUUUGCGUGUAACAUGGGCCACCGGAAAAGGGAAGCGCGUCGAGUAUGAUUGCUGACAUCUAUCGGGCAUGUCGUAGUAUAAUCUUAUUCCGACACAGUGUAUUCGAUGUACUUUAGAUUCAAAACUGAGCGAUCAUGUGGCAAGCAU